AUGUCAGCGAACAACUGCUCUUUCAGUCUAAUGGCUGAAAGGGAAGAAUGGCUUUGUCCACCCGGACAGAAGUGCGUCAACAUGACUUCAGGCAUGAACGGCAGUCACAUUGAUGCUGAUGAUGCAUGUCUGACAGAGGAAGGGUAUCUGGAAAAGUAUCUGGGUCCUCGUCGAUCAUCUGUAUUCCUUCCCGUCUGCCUCACUUAUUUGGUAAUCUUCUUGGUCGGCGUGAUGGGGAACGUGCUAACGUGCACUGUCAUCGCACGAAACAAGGUCAUGUGGACGCCGACAAAUUACUACUUGUUCAGCUUGGCGGUCUCCGACCUGCUGGUGCUCCUUCUUGGCAUGCCGUUAGAGCUGUACGAGCUGUGGCAAAACUACCCAUUUCUCCUGGGGAAGGGAGGCUGCUAUUUCAAAACCUUCUUGUUCGAAACGGUGUGCUUGGCUUCCAUCCUUAACGUGACUGCGUUGAGCAUUGAGCGCUACAUCGCUGUGGUGCACCCACUGCGAGCAAAGUAUGUGGUGACGCGCACCCACGCCAAGAGGGUCAUCCUCACGGUGUGGGGUUUGUCGGUGUUGUGCGCCGUGCCGAACACAAGUCUGCACGGGAUCAUCGUCCUCCACGUUCGCUCCACCGGCCCCACCGGGAACACGAAUAUGGAGAUACCCGACUCGGCCAUCUGCACGCUGGUGAAACCACGCUGGAUGUACAACUUGACCAUCCAGCUGACCACCUUCCUGUUUUUCAUCCUGCCCAUGCUCACGAUCAGCAUUCUGUACCUGCUCAUCGGACUCCAGCUGAAGCGGGAGAAGAUGCGACAGGCGCUGGAGGCCAAGACCAGUUUUGGCCAGGAAAGCUUCUGCAACAUCCGCACGCAGCAGCAGAAGGCCCGACGCCGGCAGGUCACCAAAAUGUUGUUUGUUUUAGUGGUUGUUUUUGGGAUCUGCUGGGCCCCAUUUCACACUGACCGCCUCAUGUGGAGCUUCAUCAAUGACUGGACUGACAACCACAGAGAAAUCUUCGAGUAUGUGCACAUCAUCUCCGGAGUGUUUUUCUACCUCAGCUCGGCAGUCAACCCAAUCCUGUACAACCUCAUGUCCACACGCUUCAGGGAAAUGUUCAAGGAGGUCAUGUGCCAUCGGCCGCAUCACAUCACUCCGAGGAAACACUCGCUCAGUGUCACCAGAGUCACACUCCGCAGCACCCUCAGCGACGCCCCCCUCAGCAACGGAGCCGCUGUCAUCGAAGCUGAGGCUGAGGAUGGAGAAAUGAGAAUGAAGGAGACCACUUUUUCAAGUUAAGAAAAAAAGGGAAAAAAAAAAAAAA